UUCGACACGAGCGACAGAGACCACCAUUAUUGCUCCGUUCUUCCCAUUCGUGCCAUGCACAGUCCUCUCCUCUUAAACGCCAUCUGCACAGCAGCCGCCAGAUACCUCACCCGAAUAUGGUCUCUCAAAGACCCCCAUGCGGUCAUUGAAUACGAUGGAGUUCCUCUCCCUAAUCUCACCAUGGAAUCAGCAAUUCACUAUCACAACAAAUGCAUCUCGCACCUUAUGGAUGUCUCUGCAGACCCCACCAGCACAUGCAGUGACGACGCGCUUACUGCAAUUACUAUCCUCCGAUAUCAUGAACAAGUUGACACCGUCUUCCAAGCAGCCCAGGACGAAACCCACGGACUCUUGACUAUCAUUCUUCAACCCCCACGCGGUUCUGAUGUUUACGCCACAUCCCUUUCUUCUCUACGAUACUCGGCCUGUCUCAUCGCCCUCCGACAAGAAAUCUGGGGCGUCCUGAUAUAUCGUCGACCCUUUAGACUCCCAAUCUUUGCCGUCACGGACUACGCCAACUUUGACGAUACCAUGGCUGCUGAUGACUAUGAUUGGACGAAUCGCAUCAUUAUAUGGUGUGCUCAUGUUCUCAAGUAUUGCUUUCCUGGGGACACGGACGUAGAGACCAUAGAAGAUACGAGGUCUCGCGCUCAACAGUGGGAAGCUCUUAAAACCUUUCAACGGAACUGGGAUGAGCAUACGCCACCACACUUUGCACCUCUCUACUACAAAGAACGAAAUCCAGCAGAAGGUCGAUACUUUCCUACGAUCUGGCUGGCCAGUCAAUGUCAAGUCAUGGCCCAGCAACAUGUAGAACUAGCUCGCAUAGUCCUCGCAGUCCACGACUCCAAACUCCAACUCGGCAUCGGUGGAAGAGCAGCUCGCAAAGCACUCGAAGAACUGCUUCGGAAUUCAACUCGAAAGAUAUGCGGGCUAGCCAUGUCUAAUGAGCAAUAUCAGGAGGCCAUGGUGACGAGCGCUGUGGGAAUAUCGAUGUGUGGGGAAUAUUUCCGGGACCCUGGGGAACAGGCUGCGAUUGUUGAACUCAUGUCUAUCUUGGAACGGAAACAUGCCUGGCCGACCAAUACUGUACUCAACUCACUUCAAGAGGCAUGGGAGUCAUAUAGUAAUCUUUAA